AUGCGUCAAAGAAUCACAUUCUUCCACCACAACGAGGAUGCUAUUGAGCCUUCGUCGCUCGUGGUCGCAGGCCGUUCUUUCUCGGGACCCGAUAUCAAAGCAGUUCGAGAGGACCGCUUCACGCUGGGGCUAGAGGAGCUGCCGCCAGAGCUUAAGGACCUGUUGCAAGUCACCCACGAACUUCAUAUACGAUGGAGCAGUCCAGAAGGGUACAAAUCACUCGGGCCUUGGAAUUCGAGGCUGUCUCCGGGACUGCAUGUAUUUUACACGCCGCAAAAGGACGAGACCGCCACGGUCAUUCCGAGCAUGCAACUAUGCUCACUGCUUCGAAGACUUGGAGUCAUCGACUGCUCCUCUCCCAAUGAGUCGUUUACGCGAUUACCUAACGAUCGAUUUUCCCAUUCUACUGCGUAUCAGUACUACCAACCUCUCGAGCACCUGCAGCCAUUCUUGGACUAUGCUGCACAGUAUGCAUGCUCCCCGUCGAAGACCGAAUGCAAGUCAAUUUUGCAGAGCCUAUCGUUAGCGCCGUUGUUUGAUUUCUCCUACGACACGAUAUCUCAUGUGGUGAAGAUCACGGCCUUGUGGAAACAUGGACUACAGCCACUGUCUCUCAGUUCACAUCCAAACCACAGAGUUGAAGUUGGCCUGUUAACACCGUAUUCACCCCCGAAUCUUGAAUACUAUGAGCUUGGCGCAACAGGUCUUCUCACCGUUCUUGGAGAGGAUAAGGAGCCUGCCCCGACCUUAUUCACAUUUCCAUCGCGUCACAAGCAGGCUGGGACAAGUUUCGUAUCCCAAUUUGUUUCUCCUAUAGGCAUGCACCCAACCAUGCGAGUCCUGGUCAAGUCCAGCAAACCACCUGUGGAUGACUCCUAUUGCUCCCUGCAUGCGUACCUUACUUUGCCGAGGACUAUCUUUGCGGACAAGUAUCAACUUGAGGACCCUCUCUUCUUGGCCUCUAAAAAUUUGACGGCAUUACGGUACACCAGCCAGCCGGUUAACUUGGAGGCACCAGACUAUGUGAUGAAAGUUUGGGGUUCAAGUAUUCUACUCGAACUCCAACCACUAACCGAGGAGAACAAGCCAUUUACCGCCGAGGUUCCUUUGCAUCUGCGUUACAAGGCACCGCAAUAUGGUGGCGAGCAAACCUUUGAGGUCCCAUACCCAGCUGUCUUCUGGGCUUGUGCGGCGGAAGAGGGAACGAAAUUUACCAAUAGCCCCUUUGAUCGGGUCAAUCUAGGCUUUGACGGCUUGUUUGGCCCUCGCACUGUGUUCUGGCACCUAGAUCCUGAGCCCAGUGAGAGCAAUGGGCGGCUUAUGAUGAAAGGAUCUGUCCCAGUGUUGGAUCUGAGUAGAUCAGCUUCGAUCAGCAUGGUCACUGCUGCAGUUGUGUUGGCUGGAUUUGCUUGGGUCGUGUGGAAGCUCGCUGCUGUCUAUUUCAAGACUGGCCAUCGCGCUCCUCCACCGAGCAAGGAAACUGAGAAAAAGACACAGUAA